AUGGAUCCGAUCAAAUACUUGUUUGAAAAGCCUGCGUUGACCGGAAGAAUUUCCCACUGGAAGAUGUUAUUAUCAGAGUACGACAUCCAAUAUCGUGCCCAAAAAGCCAUCAAAGGAAGUGUUUUAGCCGAUCAUUUGGCCACUCAACCUAUUGAUGAUGAUCAAUCUUUACAAGACGAUUUCUUGGAUGAAGAAAUCAUGUAUUUGAAAUCAAAAGAUUAUGAGGAACCUUUACAUGGAGAAAGUCCUUAUCCCGAAUCCCAAUGGGGUUUGAUAUUCGAUGGAGCUGUUAAUGCUUAUGGUAGAGGAAUUGGGGAAAUCAUUGUUAUGCCACAAGGUUCUCAUGUACCGUUCACUUCAAGACUAAUGUUUGACUACACCAAUAAUAUGGCAGAAUACGAAGCUUGUAUCAUGGGACUAGAAGAAGUCAUUGAUCUUAGAAUCAAGAUUCUGGAUGUAGAUUAUGCCCGAAGACUGCUAACCUUCUUCAACAAAGUUGAAUUCCAUCACAUACCUCGUGAGGAAAAACAAAUGGCAGAUGCAUUGGCUACUCUAGCUUCCAUGUAUCAAGUGAAGUUUCCAAAUGAAGCUCCUCAGAUUACAAUCAUGCGCCUGGACAGGCCGACUCAUGUAUUCACUGCUGAAGUUGUCACAGAUGACAAGCUGUGGUUUUAUGACAUCAAAAUCUUCUUACAGAAACAAGAGUACCCACCUGGGGCAUCUAGCAAAGAUAGAAGAACUUUGAGAAGAUUGUCUGGUAAUCUCAUCCUGACUGGAGAUGUACUCUACAAAAGGAAUUUUGAUAUGAUAUGUGAAGAAGUGCCACAAACGCCAGAUCUAUGA